AGACAGUCACGUGUUACUGACGUAGGGGUGUAGCAGAAUGAAUGAGCUGGCCAUAUGGAGCACGAUCGACUACCACUCACACAGAGAGCUCUGAGCAAUAUACGCACAAUGGCACGAGGAGAAGGCGCAGAGCAGUACGCGGCGAGUUUGCUGACUAUAAAACCAAUAAACACAGAAAAAAUACAGACAGCAAAGGCAAAGGAACGAAGAAAUCAUCUGUCUGUGUGGAAUAAGCUGUGCUAUGCAUUUGGAGGAGCUCCCUAUCAGAUCACAGGCAGUGCUCUGGGCUUCUUCCUCCAGAUCUACCUGCUUGAUGUGGCACAGCUGGAUCCCUUCUAUGCUUCUAUCAUCCUGUUCGUGGGCAGGGCUUGGGAUGCAGUCACUGACCCAACUGUGGGGUUUCUGGUGAGCCGGAGUAGAUGGACCAGCAUCGGCCGCAUGAUGCCCUGGAUCCUUUGCUCCACUCCAUUUGCGGUGCUGACUUACUUCCUGAUCUGGUAUGUGCCCCCGUUUGAGGAAGGAAAGGUUAUAUGGUACCUGGUUUUUUACUGCCUCUUCCAGUCAAUGCAAACAUGUUUCCACGUUCCAUAUUCAGCCCUCACCAUGUUCAUCAGCAGCAACCAGAAGGAGCGGGAUUCUGCAACUGCCUAUCGCAUGAUGGUGGAGGUUCUGGGCACGGUGCUGGGCACUGCAAUCCAGGGACAGAUAGUAGGUGGUGCCUCUGAUUGUCCCACUGAGGCUGACGACACUAAUAGCACAAAUUUAUUGACAACCAACAAAACCAGAGUUUCCCUGGAUGAGACGAAACAAGCGUAUUUGAUUGCUUCAGGGGUCAUCUGUUUAAUCUACGUCCUGUGUGCAGCAAUCCUGUUUUUUGGUGUGAAGGAGCAAAAAGCGAGCGGGCAGAGAAAGGUAAAGCCGCUUUCCUUCCGUCAGGGUCUGUGGGUGGUCAUGAGUUACGGACCGUACAUCAAACUGGUCACCGCCUUCCUCUUCACAUCUCUGGCCUUCAUGCUACUUGAGGGAAACUUUGCCCUUUUCAUCACCUACGCUUUGGGCCACAGGGAAGACUUCCAUAAUAUUCUACUGGUCAUCAUGCUUUCUGGAACUCUAACCAUCCCAUGGUGGCAGUGGUUUCUGGCCCGAUUCGGGAAGAAGAAAGCAGCUUAUUUUGGCAUCUCUUGGGCAGUGCCUUUUAUGAUCCUUAUCAUUUCCAUCAGGAGCAACCUCAUCAUUUCCUACUUGGUGUCAGUGGCAGCAGGUGUGAGUGUGGCAGCAGCUUUCCUCCUGCCUUGGUCCAUGCUUCCAGAUGUAGUGGAUGACUUCAAAGUUAAAAAUCCAGACAUCCAUGGUCAUGAAGCUCUCUUCUACUCUUUCUAUGUCUUCUUCAUCAAGUUCGCCUCUGGAUUGUCUCUGGGUAUUUCUACCCUCAGCUUGAAAUUUGCUGGCUAUGUGACCGGCGACUGCUUGCAGCCUGAGUCGGUCAGUUUAACUCUGAAGGUUCUGGUCUCUCCUGUGCCUGUCAUUCUUAUUGUUGUGGGACUGUUGAUACUGAAGACCUAUCCCAUAGAUGAAGAGAGGAGGCAAUACAACCACAAAGUUCUUCAAGAACUAUUGGAUUCGGAGUCUGAAACAUCUGAGCUUGGGAGCAGUGUGUAGCUACACUACCUGACAUGAGAUACAGAAGACCACAGAGCAACACUGCUGCCUUAACGACACCCUCAUUAACGGUGAAUCACACAUGUUUACGUCGCCCUCUAGUGGCAGAUCGAUAUAUGAAGUACUUUCUUUGGCAUUUACUGCCACCUGAGUCCCAAUUAAAAAACAAAAAAAAAAAAAAAAAAAA